AACCAUAGCGUAGCCGCCGUUGGUCGGGUGUCCAGCAGCGGCAGCGGCGGUGAGUGGGAGCUGUGAUGGCAUGUGUUCCCCGGAGGAUGUCCACGGUCAGUGUAACUCUGGACGACGACGAGGCGGGAGAUCCAGUUUGAGUCCGCAGAUUAUGUCCGGAGCUGGUCGUGCUGCUGUGGAGAAAAGUUUAUCACAAGUAGGGACACAGUUCCAUCAGCGGCGGUAAUAUGGCAGAGCGCAGCGCCUGCGAUGUCAACAUCCUCAGCAUCCCGGUGCCCAUUCGUCGUGGCGGCUCAGAGUCCAACCUGGAUGUGGUUGACAGUGUUGGACAUGACGGCGUGGGCCUGGACUUCACCAAGGGAGCGCUGGGGAUCGACAGCCUGCAGCAGAAGAUCCUCAAGGUGACGGAGCAGAUUAAGGUGGAGCAGACGGCUCGGGACCAGAAUGUGGCUGAGUACCUGAAACUGGUGAACAGUGCCGACAAGCAGCAGGUAUCACGGAUACGUCAGGUGUUUGAAAAGAAGAACCAGAAGUCUGCGCACACCAUCGCUCGUCUGCAGAGGAAGCUGGAGCAGUACCACCGGCGCAUGAAGGACAGCGAGACCAACGGCAAGCACAGCAACAAAGAUGGCAGCAGCAAGGAGUCUGGCACUCACAGUAAGGAGGGCAGCCUGCGGGACGUCAGCGCCACCGGACGACACCCGGCGCUGGAUAAAGUCAAGACAAUCGGACCUGGCGUGUCGCUCUCGCCGCCGUUCUUCUUCAAUAAGUCGCGUGAGUUCGCCAACCUCAUCAGGAACAAGUUUGGCAGCGCAGACAACAUCGCCCACCUGAAGAGCUCCAUGGAGUCGGGGUCGGGGCUGCAGGUGGAGGCCGGGGCGAGGGGUCUGAGCGGCAGCGCCACCACAGUAGCCAAGGCCACCAAGUACCACAGCGAUGACGAGUGCUCCACGGGAACGUCUGCGUCCGCUGACUCAAACGGGAACCCGGCGGGAGGGUCGGGGGCUGGGUCCGGAGGUCCGGGAAGGUCAGACUCCAACGGGCGUCUGGUGGAGGUGCUGGACAUGGUGCGGGAGAUCAGGGAGGCUCAGGCACAGCUGGCAGAGGACAUGGAGACCCUGAACACACAGUUCAAACGAGACUACAACUACUUCACACAGGUGAUGCAGGAGGAGAGAUACAGGUAUGAGCGCUUGGAGGACCAGUUAAAUGACCUGACGGAGCUCCACCAGAACGAGACCAGUAACCUGAAGCAGGAACUGGCCAGUAUUGAGGAGAAAGUGGCGUACCAGGCCUACGAGAGGGCCAGAGACAUACAGGAGGUCCUGGAGUCGUGUCAGACUCGUGUGUCCAAGCUCGAGCUGCAGCAGCAGCAGCAACAGACAGUUCAGCUGGAAAACACAGACGCCAAAGUGCUGCUGGGAAAGUGCAUCAACAUCAUGCUGGCCAUCGUCACCGUCAUCCUGGUGUGCGUUUCCACGGCGGCCAAGUUCACCGCGCCGCUGCUGCGUAGCCGCCUCCACCUGGCGCUCACCUGCGUGGGCGUGUCUUUGCUGGCGCUGCUGUGGAAGAACUGGGAACAUUUGCAGUGCGCUUUGGAACGAUUGCUCCUCUCACAUUGAGACAGGAGGACGAAUGAGACCAGAAAACUUUGUCCAAACCCUGGGUCACGUGUUGUCAUGGCAACGCAGAAAACAGGGCGGAGUUUACAUGUAGCCUUACACCAGCCCUGCUCCCAAACCAUUCUGGGCUCCACGCUGACUUGAUUUAUGACCCCGAGCUUAACACAUCUAAAGACGUUCCACGCAAAUGUGUGGAGAGCUUUACCCAGAAUGCACCUCCACAUUAACAACGCACAGAUAUGAGCUGGUAUCAAUGAACACAACUGAACAAACAAGCCUCUCUGAAGGUGCAAACAUUCAAACGUGGCACAACGCUGCCAUAGCUGUGAGUCACUACACCGAGAUUUGUCAGACCGAUAAAAGAUCAAUCAGCUUGGAUCAGAUUCCAGGAGAUUCCCAACAACACACACUAAUAUAAACAAGUGGUCUCAUAUCAGGACGUGGAGAUACAAUUGGUGUUUCCUAUCCUUAAAGGGAAGUGUAUCAGAUAUAGCGCCGCCUCUCACCUCUAAACACUCACUGGCUGUCAUGUGGCCAGCAACGGAACACAGUUUGCCUCCUUGUACACCAGCCAGCUGUGACAAACACAACAUCCACCUGAAGGUUGAUUUGUACUGUCAGUACUUUACUGUGUUCUGUAUUUAUGUGAUGUUUUUUCCUGUCAAUGUCUCUUUCAGAAACACAUUUUGAAGCCUAGAACACAUGUUGUUUUAAUAUGUUUGAAUGUGUAAUUCUGUGUAUUCAUGUGCGCCUGCUUACGUGUGUCUGUACCGUGUUUCAUAAAGGAGUUUGGCUUUUUGGGAAAUCAACACUUUCAUGUCUGCCUGCGAAAUAUGAAGCUAGAGUGUGGCGAUGGUUAGCUUAGCUUAAACGCUAGAAGUAGGGGGAAUGACUAACUUCGCACCAGAGAUUACAAAACGUUACUCUAAAGCUCACUAAGGUUAUACGUCACUUUGAGGGUAGCUUCUGUAACUCUGAUUCAAUAAUUGUUUUACUGAUCCUCAUGGUAAAACGAGGCGUGUUCAUGAAGUACACAUGACUAUAUGUAAAGGUGGAUGAACUCUCACCCAUACAGUUUAUAUCUGUCGAUCUUAUCUGGACAUGUGAAGCGACACAUCACAUACUGUUUCAUAUGGUUUCACUCCUUCUCUCUGCAUUUCAUUGGUUUAAUCUGUACAAAAACAAAGCAUAAAAACUACAUUUUGUGGUUUUUCAGUGUUACAAGAGGGACUAUUUCUACCUGUCUGACACCAACAGCCUCAAUCAACCACAGCGUGUUGUUUUUGUGCUUUAGUUGUUGUGCGAAUUAAACAAAUGUGCAGGUUUUGAGCAUUAGAGGUGGAUUUUGUCAUAAGGCUUCCAGUCAUGAAGCUAAGCUAAGCUAACCGCCAGCUAGUUGUUUGCUUUGUGUUAAAUGGACAAAAAAAGAUUUCCCAAAUUGUCCAACCUGCUCCUUUCCAGGAAAGCUUCUGAACUGCCUCUUGUCUUGUUAAAUUUGAUACUUUUGGGGGUUUUUUUUGUUGUGUGAAAUCUGUUCAAGUUUUCUGCUUCUCAAAGAUAUUUAAGGUGAACAUGUGGUUUGCAAGUCGACGUGCUUCACUCUCUUCGCUCAGCUUUAGCAUCGACCAGCUAGCGUGUACGUGAACCUUGAGGAAGGAAACCGGCUGCUACCUUUGAAAGGAAUAAGAGAAGCAGAGGAUGUUGGAGAAAGUUUUAAAUGUGAGCUUGUUUGACGUAAAGAUCCUGAUUUCGUUGAACUGCCUUUUAAUGAGAGAACAAAUUAACUUCAGCGCGAAAGCCUUUGAUGUUGUGCUGCGUUCAUGGCCGGUGGGAAUAACAGCAGCGUUUCUUACCUGUUCAAACAUACUUUAAAGCCAACAGAUACCGAUUACAGUCGCACCUUUUAAUUGAUUCACCUUUUUAAUGUUUGGAAGUGACUCAUUUGAGAUGACGUCUGAAAUGAGCUCAGAAAUGUCCUGCCCUGCCGUGAGAUUUGAAGCCUCAUGAAUUGUAAUGAGAUUGUUCUGUUUUGGUUGUUUUACUUGAAACAGGUGUGUCUGUUCUUGCACUAAAAUACUCAAAUACCUACUGCCAUGUUCACAAGCAGCAUUUACCCCCUUAAAGUUACCACAAGUGGUAACAUCUCUAUGGUAGCGGCUGUUUAUCCCACGUGGCCUGAACACAGCAUCACAGACUGGACCGAGGGAACUGAACAAUGUAGCUCCGUGCUCCCUGACCCGGAUCACUGUGACGAUGAGGGGGUGAAACGGGACUGAUGCCUUUUCAAUGCAGCUUGUUUCUUCUCCUGUGUGACUGUGUGUCUUCAAGAAAAAACAAGCCAAAUAUGGAGAUUUUUAAGGAAGCUUAGCUUUUUUCUUUUUUGAUUUCUUACCACUAUUAGUCUUUGAUCUUUUCUUUUUUUUUUUUUUUCAAAAUUGGCUCAAACAUUACUUCUGUCAGGAGAAAGCUGUAAGUCCAUAUUGUAUAUUUUAAAAUCUCUGUCUCUUUGAUGUGCAUUAGUUUCUGGUUAUGGAUUUUCCAUAACCUUUUUCUUUUUUUCAAAUGAAAAAAUAAAUCUUUGUUUUUUCUAA